CAUUAUCGUUAUUCUCAAAAAUUCUCAAAAAAAAAAAAUGCCUAAGAUUAGAAAAAACAAUAGACAUAGUAAGAAUAGUAGAAAAAUGAGACAAGAAUCUCGGAGAAUGAAUCGAGUUAAUAAUUCAUCAAGUCAAACCGAACAACCACCAUCAUCAACAAAUCAACCACCGUUAUCAAAUCGAACUGAACAAUCUCCACCAUUACCUCAAACCGAACAACCACCAUCAUCAACAAAUCAACCACCGUUAUCAAAUCGAACUGAACAAUCACCACCAUUACCUCAAACCGAACAACCACCAUCAUCAACAAAUCAACCACCGUUAUCAAAUCGAACUGAACAAUUGCCACCAUUGUAA